AGUUCCAUUGGCAGCAAAACAGGCCCAGAGGAUAAUACUACCACCACCAUGCUUGACGGUACGGCCAUUGUGACGGAACAGUAUGCUGCCAUGUGGACCGAUGGCCGUUACUUCCUUCAAGCCAGCCAGCAGAUGGAUAACAACUGGACUCUCAUGAAAAUGGGGCUGAAGGAAACACCCUCUCAGGAGGACUGGCUGAUUAGUGUCCUGCCAGAGAACUCCAAAGUGGGAGUCGACCCUUGGAUCAUUGCUGCAGACCAGUGGAAAACCAUGUCCAAGGCGCUGAACAGUGCAGGACACUCUCUGGUAGCUGUGCAGGACAACCUCAUCGAUGCGGUGUGGACUGACCGCCCUCAAAGACCCAGCACACAUCUCCGUACUUUGGGAUUGGACUACACGGGUAUGUCGUGGCAGGAUAAAAUCGCAGCUCUGCGAGCCAAGAUGACUGAAAGGAAAAUCACCUGGUUCGUUGCCACAGCGCUGGACGAGAUAGCAUGGCUGUUCAACCUCCGUGGUGCAGAUAUUGAGUACAACCCUGUCUUUUUCGCGUAUACGAUUGUGGGGAUCAGCACAGUAAGGCUUUUUGUAGACCAAAAGCGUCUGGCCGAUAUGUCGCUGAGAGAGCAUCUCCAGCUGGAUUCGCCCAGCAAGCCUGAGCUCCACAUCAAGACGUUACCGUAUGAAUCAGUGUACACAGAGCUGCAGGCCGUCUGCGCCGCCCUCGGCCCCAAGGACAAAGUGUGGAUCUGUGAUAAGGCCAGUUGUGCUCUCACGCAGGUCAUCCCCAAGGUGAGAGAGCACUUACUUGCUCAUAAGUGAAGACAGUAAGUGUCUGCUGCAGCUGCAGCUUGUCUGUUAUGACCACUUGUAUGAAAAACGUGAUAUUGCUGUAAAAGGCUCAUUUUUAUUUGCUUUGUGGUGCUGGUUCAGAUUACAAUCAUUGUCAUUCAAUGAGCUUUAUUUAGCUUUUGUGUUUGUGCGUGUGAGUGUGAGGACAAACACAUUCUCAGACAUCUCAGUUUCAGGGAAUAAACAGUGUGUUUUAUGUGUUCCUCUGACCUCCAAAAUUCAUGUAAAUGUUCAGAAGACCUCUUCACCUUCAAUUAGCUACACAUUCA